GGUUUCUCUUUAUUUUUACGUCUACACUUACACUUUUAUGCAUUUAAAACUCACUCAGCAAAAGUAGAACAAUUUUCAGACAUUGUUCAAGCAAGGCAAACUUUUGGCAGAAAUCUCGAUCAGCGAAGGUAUUGUUCGAUUGGAAGUUGUACCGGAGAAGAUAAACAACAAUGAUGUGUUAGCCAAGUUCGAGAGGUUGAAUGUAUUACGACAAGAAAUGGAAAGGAUGGACGCUAUUGCACAACUCCAUCCCGCUUUACUACAAAGAUGUGUUAAGACCGCAGCCUUGUUACCCUACUCCUUCCUCACAAACGAGGAUGAAGGUCUUGGAAUGAGCAGUAGUCCGCUGGAUUACUAG